GUAGUACUAGUACUACGUGAGACGCCACGCGAGAAACACGGUUGUAUACGUUUUUGCUUAUAUAUCGGAGCAUGGAGUAGUAGUGUUGUGUGUUCACAUACUCUUGUGUUUACAAACGCGCGACGGAUUUUUCAGCAUUGGCUGAAGGAAAUAUUUUUUCAAAAUUUUUUUUUUUUUUUAGUCUUGUUUUAUUCCCUUUUUACUUUGAUUUCUUAAAAGCGAAAUACAGAUAAUAGUAAUAAUAAUCGAAAAAGCUCAAAUCUAAAACCACAUUCAUACAUACACAUACAUACAUACAGAGAGUGUUUCCCUUUCGCGGCAACUCCCAACCAACGAUUCACUAAGUGGACGGUACGAUGACUUUGCCUUGUUUACACUCGGCUGAUCUCGCGGCAAGUCAUUGCCUUACAAGGAUCUUGGCGACGACUUUUUCCAAGGAUUCCAAGUGCGCGACCACAAAUAAAAUAAGGUUAUGUGAGUUUUGAACGCCCUGUCGUCAUUUCUCAGGGCGUCCACCUUCCCGGAUUUUGCGCGCCAACCGGAUCUUUCCGCGACGCAGAACGGUAUAGAAUCUUUAAAUGACGUUGCUUGGGAAAAAAAAAUAAUAUUCCUGGGGUUGUUUUUUUUUGGGUUUUUUUAGUUUAGCAAGUGGUGGGAAUUUUGUGUAAUUCUUAAAAAGGAAUUUGGUUUUUUUUUUGUUUUCGCAAAAACACGUGUUUGGAGUAAAUAGUUAUAUUGGUGAUAGUGACAAGUGGUGUGUUAGUUUUUUUUUUUGUUUUCAUUGUUUAAGAAGUUGAUUUUAUGCGGGAAUUUCUAUGACGUGGUUGAGUGAUGAUGUUUCGAUCGGGUUCUUGGCAGACGUGUGCAGGUCGUUUCUCUUAGGAACUUGAGACAUCGUUUUAUGGCUUCUCAAUUAAUUUGCAACGCGGACUGGCGAUUGCUUUAGGUGUUCUCACAUUUUCGUGGUAGUUGAUCGUUAAAAAAAAAAAAAAAAAACAAGUUCAUCGAUCGUUGUGAUUAAUUGAUCGUUGAGAAUCAAACAUUUUUUUUGUGCGACGGUCAUUUGGUUGAAAAUUGAAACAAAUCUCAAUAUAACAAAACUCUAUUCAACGGGACAUUUUCAUGAGUGAAUCAGAGUGAACGUGACGAUUUGAGAGCCGCCAACAUGGAUUACAGACUCUUGUCGAACAACAACAAUUACUCCACGCACCACCAUUGGUUUCCAAAAAUGUGUUCAUGUCUCGAUAGUGGUGGAAAUUUGCCUGGAAAUCGUUCUUCUGGUCGAACCGGAAGUUACAAGCGACUUGGUUCCACUUCCACGAUUUAUGGUCUAAAUAAUGUAAUGCACAGGGCACGAAGAAAAGAGAAUCAAGUGGAAGAGGAGACGUCUGAUAAUGAAAAACAGGAAGAAUUACGUUUUUACAAUGACGACCUCUCGUGGAAUACUGUAAUUGUGGAGAAGAACUUGAGAACAAUCGACCUGUGCGAAAUUCUGAAAGUCAAAAAAAAUACUAGCGGUAUCGCUUGGUCUAUAUGGGAAACGUGGCCGGACCUAGGAAUUGAACGCACACUGGAGGAUCAUGAAGAUAUUCUUGCAACGCACAGAGAAAUUGAAAUGUUCGCUUCUUAUCACGAAAGAAAAUUCUUUUUCCGUGAAGACUAUUUGAAGUACGAAUUCUUCAUUAAUCCUAAGCAAUUCUUUCCUCCUGAAAUGGUUGCUUUCCCACAAGAAGAUGAAAGAGGGACGUUAGCCGAUGCCGAAAGCGUUUUAAGGCAUUAUUUAUCUCGUGAUGAUAGUGAGUGCCCUCAAGUGUUUAGUACAGUAUGGUUGAGAGAGGAUGGUUGCAAUACAUGGAAAAAGUCUGACAUGUUACUUUUUGGUCGCAAACUCUACACGACGAAAAAGGCAUUUUUAUUGGGAGCAAAAUCAUUAAUGUCACGAUUCUCAUCGCAAAGAACAUCGUUGAAUUCGAAAAACCAAAGAUCUUUUUCACCAACUCCAUCUACCUCAGGAUCAUCAUCACCAACAAAUAAGCAGCAGCAGCAGCAACAGCAACAUCAGUAUUCAUCCGAGACUUCCGGUGUGGUUCCUAAAUGGUCGCUGGACAACGAACAGCUGACGACAUUUGCCCACUUGUCGGACUACCACGUAUACAGGAUUCCGAACGCAAAGAGGUACUUCAACGCACCCUUCGAGUGGGGCAUUUGUCUGAGACCAUCGAGCAACGCAGAAGCAGAAGACACGGAAGCUGGUGAAGCCGGAUUCAAAGUGAUAGCCUUCCACAGUGAAAAGUCACGUGCCUGUUGGCUCACAGCCAUGAGGCUGGCAAAGUACGGUAAGCAGCUCAGAGAAAACUACAGAGCCUUCAAGAACAAGCAGUGUGAGCAGACAGGUGGCGGCAGUCCCAAAGAGCAGUACAACAGCUACAAUGUACCCAAUGAAUCAAUUCGAUCGAGGGUGGCGAUGGAUUUUACGGGUAGUGUCGGUAGAAUAGUUGAGGAUCCAAAAGAGGCAAAGGAUAUCGCUGAGAGUGAGGGUGUCAUUUGGAAACGAAGGUGGCGACCAUUUUCACGAAGAUCGCCCGGUUCUAAUAUGACCAGAAUCCACGUGGAUAAUAGUAUUCACACAUCUCAACCAUGGUUUCAUGGUGAUCUCAAGAGGGAAAUUGCUGCCGCUAUCAUCAGGGAUCGUGGCUCAGUUGAUGGUGUAUUCCUUGUCAGAGAAAGUAAAAGUAAUCCAGGAUCCUAUGUUCUCACCUACAAAUACGGAGACAAGGUUUUUCACGCACAAAUUCAACCUGUAAUUCAGGUGUUCGAUAAUGAAAGACAAUGCGUACUUUAUACAUUGGACAAAGGUGCGACGAAAUUUUACGAUCUUUUACAAUUAAUUGAAUUCUAUCAAUUAAAUUCGGGUUCAUUACCAACAAGAUUAACGCAUUUUGUUAAUAAUGGUGUACCAGUACCAGUGACAAGGCCAGAGGAUGGUGGUGCAUCGCCAUCGCCAUUAGACGAUAGUAAACGUUUUUCAACACCUAAAAAUGAAUUCAAACAACAACAAACGAAUUCGUCCAAUAUUUGAGUAUAGGGAAACCAGCAGCCCGCUGAUGUCAACGAAUUAACAACAAUUGUAUUCUAUGGUGCUGAUAAUCUCACUAUUGAAAAUAACAACAGUAAUGGCGGUCACCGUAGCAGCGUUCGUUCGACAUCCUCGGGUUGCUGGACUCUAUGCAAAGGCAGCCACGAGGAAUGGGACCUUUAAAAGAAUUUUCUUUUUUUUUUCGAAAAAAAAUUAAAUAAUCUUCCCUUGGCCUACUUUUUUACCACUAUUUUUCAAUUUACAAAAAGAAUUUUCAAAAAGAAUUUUCAAAAAGAAUUUUCAAAAAUACUUUAUUGAAAAUAAUUCACAAUUUGGAAAAUAAAAUUCGAAACAGAAUUUUAUGGAAUAAUUUACAAAAUAAAAUACAUACCUCGUUUUCAAGAGGCGAAGAGGAGAAAUAAAAACGAAGACACGAAGAAAAAUAAGAAGGCCAAAGGGAAGAAAGACCAAUAAAAAAAAGAAAUUUUAAAGAAAAAAUUAAAAAAAAUGGCUGACUUUGUUAUGCAAAAAUAGGACCAAUAAGAAAACUGACUGACGACCCUUAAUUUGGGAUCUGUUCGUGAAUUUUUGGAUCUAAAGAAUCGCCGACUGGCUGACCAAAGCGAAAAUAGCAAUGGCGCUACGUUUUUUCUUUAUGCCACAUAGUGUCGUAAAUUUUUUUUUUCAAAUUCACACUAGUAUUAAGAAGAACCCAAUUUUUUUUAAUUUUUUGCGGUUCAUUUGGUUAACUCGACGCAAAACAAAAAAAAAAAAAAUAAUAAUAAUUAAUAAUAAUUAAUAUUAAUAAUAAUUAUCUAAUAUCUAAUAAAAAUAAUGAAACCACUGUGUGUAGAUGAAUACAUGUUUUUCCAUUUUCUACAUGUCUACAAAAUACGUGUGCGAGCACUAUACAUAUGUACGUUUAUUAUUAUAAAUAUAAAAAAAAAAAAAAAAAUAUUCUCCAACCUUGAUGGGGGAGAACGAGAGUAUGAAAAAAGAAAAGAUUGAAUGUGUGACCGAUGCGCUAAUUAUGCGCAGGCUUAUAAAUAUAAUAACGAUCCUCGUCAAUUUUCGAGUUCGUUUUUUGUUGAAUUUUCGAAAAACAUUUUUUUGAUUUUUUUUUGUCUAUUUUUACCCUCUCUCUCUCUCUUUCUCUCUCUCUCUCUCUGUCAAAAGAUAAAGAAAAAUUUUUGACGAGACUCCGUCCAUAACACAAGUAUGGACCAAAAUGUUUCCAGCAUUUUUCCAUCUAAAAAGAACAAAAUUUGAAAAAAAAAAUUAUCGAAAUUUUCUCCAGAGUUUAAAAAAAAAAUUUUGCUAACCCCUAGAAAAUUUCUAUGUAAAAAUUAUUUACCAAUUUUAUAUCGAAUAAAAUGUAAUUUUCAUUUUCAAAAAGACGAAUUCCUUUUUUUGUUAAUGAAAAUUCAGUUUUUGUUUCAAAAAAAAAAAAAAAAAAAAAUGCUGGAAAAAAACUUAGGCCAGUCUAGUCCUCAUACAUGUGUCUGUUGUCUCGUCAAUUAUUCGCCUCCUUUCAAACAAAAAAUUUUUUUAAAUAAUUCAACUUCUCAAAAGCGAAAUUUUGACAGAAAAAUAAAAAAAAAAUGCAAUAAUUUUCUCUGGCAAAAAAAAACAAAUUGUCAUUUGACAAUUAUUAUUGAUUAUAAUCGAAUUCAGAGGCUGGUCUGCGAUUUUCAAAUAUAAAUAAAUAUAUAUAUAAAUAAAUAAAUAUAAAUAAAUAAAAUACUUGGAGAUAUGGGAGAACAAACUGAGAACAUAUUAAAUAAUAUAUUAUUGCGUAAAAAAAAAAAAUAUAUAUAUAUAUAUAUACGAAUUAGUAUAAGGGGCCCCCUCGAAGUACCGAGGGACGAAGGAGCCGAUCGUGUCGGUCGCACCAAAUUCUCUCGAUGUUUCAAGAUCCUAUUUCUUCGGGGGAGAAAAAUUUUUGCAAAUUUAUAUAAGAAAUUUCCUUUCAUUCAAUAAUUAUAUUUUAAUCUCCUUCUUUAUUGUGUGAAAGGAAAUUUCUAUCAUCGAAAAAAAAAAAUUUUUUCGAAGAAAUGCAUCAAGUGAAUUUUUAGACUAUCUAUACUUAUAUCGUAAUAUUAUAUAAAAAAAAAACGAAAAAAAAAAAAAAAUUCAAUGUAACCUCUAUAAACUUGAGAUUUAUUUAUUAGUUAAUUUAUUGCGCUUCGCUCAUAGUGAUUUGUGAUAAUAAAAAACUUUUUGAUAGAUGCUCGAUUGAAUUCGCGAUUCUCGGGCGGCUUCUUCGUUAUAGUCAUUAUGAUCUCAUAUAGUUAAAAAAAAAAAAUAAAAAAAACGAUAUGAAAAAAUAAUUUUUUUCUUUGGAAAAAAAAAGAAAUGUAUAAGGCUAUUUGACGAAUGUGGCAAUUGCGGCAAUCGGAAAAAAAAGAGAGAGAGUGUGUGUGAUUGAUUUAUAUAUAAAAAAGUCUAUAUUGUGUAUAGACUUGUAUAUAGAAAUUUUUUUUUUAGGUGAAAAUGCGAGAUUUUUUGAAUAGAAAAAAAAUGUUUGGAUAAAAAUAAUUCGAGGCAAAAAAAAAAAUUACGCGAUGUAUUAUAAUUAUAAUCUCGUCGAGGAUAUAAUAAACCCCCUUCCCCCCCCCUUCCUCCCUAUUUUUUAAUGAUAUAUUUUUUCAUUUAUUUAUUUCCCCUUGUCCUGAAAAAAAAAAAAAAAAUUGUCAUCGACGAGCACGAGAAUUAUUCGUGUAUUUUUUAAAGGUUUACACUUUUUAAGUGCGAAAGGAGGCAAAAAGAAUAAAAUUAAAAAAAAACACUUUAUAGUUAUAUAGAGUAGACGCGCUUUCUAGAACUGAAACUUUAGUGUUAAUGGAAAAAAAAAAAAAAAAUUUGUGAAUUUGAAACGUGAAAAAAAAACUUAUACGAUAAUUCCUUGAUUGGCGUCAGAAAAAAAAUUCCCUUUUUUUUUUUGAAAAAUAACGAAAAUGUUCGGCCUUUUGUGUAAAUAUGUCUAUUUAGGCCAGACAAUUAUUCAAAUUUGUCAAUAUUGUCCCAUUAAUUUGGAAAUUAAUUUUGAUGGCGGUCAAUCAAUUUUAAUUCCAAUAUGGACUUCUUUUUUUUCAAAUAAAAAUACAUAAAACAGACGCCAAGUUAAAGAGUUAUCGUUGAGAGUUAUAUUAAAGAAAUAUAUAUAUAAAUAUAUAUAAAAAAUAAUUAUAUAUAUAACACGACAAUUAACGAUAUUAAAUUUUAAUAAAAUAUAUUUUGUAUUAUUAUAAUCACCGAAGUUGAAAAAAAAAAAAGUGCAAAUAUGAAAAAACAUAGAAUAUUUAUAUGUUUUUUCAUAUAUAUAUAUAUAUAUAUAUAUUUGCACACGACGAUUUCACCAACGUCUGUUGAAUGAGAACAAUAAAAAAAAAAUAAAAUGAGACGGUAACGGAACGCUAAUUUCUGUCUUUUCAUUUCUUCAAACCCCUCGUAGUUCAUUCUAAUUUCAAGGCGUUUGAUUACUUCAAUCAAUAAUGGCACACAGAAGCCAGUUAAGGAUUUGCUAAUUAGAAAAUGAGAAAUUCCACGAUUUGAAUUCGAAAUUGAAAUUGUAAUGAAACUGUAAUGAAAUUGGAAUGAAAUAGCAAGAAAAAAAGAGAAUAAAUUAAAAUGAAAUCGAAAAAUAAUUAAAAUUGGAUUAAAUUUGCCAAAAAAAAAUUUUUAAAACAAAAAUUUAAUUUUAAAAAAAUACAAGUUCGAUAUAAAAUAAAUUUAGAAAUGAAAAUGAAUGGACUUUGGUGAAAUCGAAAAAUUUUUUGGCACUUUUAAAAAAUAUCAACCAAUUUAAAAGUGGAUUCAAUUGGUUGGAGUGUUCAUAAUGUUGGGAAAAAAAAGUAUCCAUUAAGAGCGAAAUUCUGAUUAAAAAAAAAAAAAACUAAAUAAUAAAUAAAUAAAAAAAAAAGUAAAAUUUUGUUCUUGAAGAGACGAGAGUCUAAAAGAUAGAGCACAAAUUUGAGACAAAAUAGACGAAGCGUCAUGUGAUAAACUUAGAGCGACUGUCUGCUUUCGAACUUAUUGUUCGAAAGAUUAUUUUUGCAAUUUCGCUUUUUUGCUAAUGCACCGAAAACAGUCUUUUCCGUCAAUUUUUUUUUGUUUUUUCGAUAUUUAUAUAAUAUAAAAUACUAAAAUCUGAUCUUAAUCCCUAUUUAAACACUUGUAUCAAAAAAAAAAAAAAAUAAUUUACAUCUCCUCUCUCUUUCUCUUUCUCUCUCAAAUCUAUCCUAUAUCGCUGUCCGAAUAAAUAUUUCCUUUUAUUUUUGGGGAAUUUAAAAAAAAAUUUCUUAAAAAAUUUUUUUAAAAAAUAUUUUAAGAAAUUUAAUACCCUAAACUGUCUCGUCAAUCGCAAUAUCAAAUAUGCGAAUCAACGGAUUAAUUGUAUAGUAAAAUUAAAAUAAUUUCUCUUAAAAAAUAAAAACAAAGCCUCACUACUGAUUGACUCUUUCAAAGUUAUUAUUUUUUUUUUAAGUGCUACAAAGUAGAAAUGACACUGAGCAAAAACGGUGACACUUUCAUUUUGUAGAAAAUAUAUUCUACUUUCUAGUGAGAGAAUAUUGUGAACUGUUAUAAAAAAUAUAUUAUAUUAUAAGAGUGUAAGAAAAAAAAAAUGAAUGUAAAAAUCGAAUGUAUGAGAAAGAGAAUAAAAGAAUGCAAUUUUUUAAUUAUUAGAAUGCAUCAGUAUUAAAAACAAAAAAAAAAAAUGUCGUUACAUUCUAAUUAUUGGCAAAAAAGAAAAAAAAAGGUACACAAGUCCUAGACUAACCUUUAAUACCCCAAUGCGUGCUUCGUAGGCUAGUGUUUUUUCCAAAUAAUAAUAGACAAACAAAUAUUAAUGUUAAGAAAAAAAAAAAAAAAUGUUAGACCCUAAGUGGAACAAAUGAAUGAAAAAAAAUUUAAUACAGGGUGUCUACGAUAGAUAUCGAGCGAGGAAUAAUAAAAAAAAAACCAGUCGAUCGAUUUAAAAAACGCACAAUAAAAAAAAUAUUUUACCAAGGCUUCGAAUCGUGAAAAAACAAUUUGGAAAUUUUUUUCCAAUUUUAAAUUUCAAAAAUCUCCAUAGUAAAAUUUUAUUCCGAUUCGAUGACUUGCCUUUUGAAAAUAAAUAUCUCAAAAAAAAUCUAAUGUAUAAAUCUUCAUCGACGAUUACGAAUCUUUUCGCUAGAAACAAAAAAUAAAUUCUUUUACAAUAUUAUAUUCCAUUAAUCAAAAUUUAAAUUAGUGACAAUUUAAAUUAAUAAUUUAUAUUUUAUUAAAAAAAAAAAAAAAAAAAAUUCUAAUUUAAUAAUGGAAAUAAAUUGCAAAGAAUUUCUGUAUUAAAUAAAAUAAAAGUAACAAAUGAGAUUGUAUAGAAAACAAAAUAUAAAUCUAUAAAAGAUUUGUAAAAAUGAAAAAAAAGUGAAUGAAAAUAUGAAUUCGAAUAAUUAAUAAUGAGAAUUGUUUUUAUAAAUCAGGUCCCCAGGGAAAAAAAAGGAAAAUUUUCUUGUAAAAUUUGUAAAAAAAAAAAAUUAGUAAAUUUAUCACUAUAUUUAAUUUUGGAGGCAAAUUAUUGAGAAAUCUCUUGACUUGAGAGUUUUGUGACUAAUAAUAAAAAAGAACGAAUUAAUAAUUAAUAAUUAAUAAUUAAUACGUUAAGAAUAUUUGUUGAUUGAAAAAAAAAAAGUUCAUUAGAUAAUAAAAAAAAUUUUUUGGGACAUAUCCUCUCAUUGUCAGCAACGAUUCAUUCGCGUCCUGUAUUGCGAUCGGAUUAAAAAUGAAAAUAAAAAAAAUAAAUAAAUAAAAAUUAACUCUGUAAUACAUGUAAGCACUCUUAGGCGAGGAUCAUUGUUAUAUCUUUGUACAUGGAUCUUUAAUAUGCAAUAAAUAUGUAUAUCGUCAUCCCAGUAUAA